AUGACAAAAGGCAUCACAAACUUCUUCGUCCGAAAACAGGUUUAUCUCGCCUUCUUUGGCUGGCCGACCUGGAGACCUACUGGCCAGGGUGGUAGCCAUGGCCGCUCUCCAUCUCUCUCUCCUGUUCCAGACUUCAGAGAUUUACCUCAUGGCCCAAGCCUUGAUGCUCAACAGCACACGGUCGGGUCCCGAACGGACUGGCCACCUAGUGCGCUAGAACCUGCAGAAGAUGACGGGGGCCUGUUUGUCCCAGAAGCAGGUCCAAGCCAAACCCAGGCGGAAGGAAUGGGUGAUGGUGGACAGCCAGAGCAGCCUACGAGCAGCUCGACGCCAGCCGAGAAUGAAAGGUGGAAGCGGAAGCUUCUGGAACAUAAAAAGCGACGGGAGGCGUGGUUGGAGCGGCUGGAUAGGGAGCGGCUGGAGAUGGAGAGGCUUGAGAAGGAGAGGCUGGAGAAGGAGAGGCUGGAGAAGGAAAGGCUGGAGAGGGAGAGGCUGGAGAGGGAGAUAGACAUCAACCUUGUCAAAUGGGAGGACGAUACUUGGAAAUACCUAACACCCUGA